AAAAGAAGCAAUAUUAUUGGUCUGAUUGGUCUUAAAAUAUAUAAUUGGAUUAUAUUUUGAAAAAUACCAUAUAUCUAAUACAGUAUAAGGCAAAAAAAAUGGUAGUAGAAUAAUGAAAACCCUAGGGCAAGGCAUCUAAUUGUCUGUAUAUAUAUACACACCAACAGUUGUCCUAUAAUUUACAUGUCGCCAAAGCAAAGCAUAGCGAUGGAGUCAUCGGAGAAAACAAAGAAAAGCAAGGCAUCGAAGAAAGGCAAAUCAAAAACUGAUGGAAAAAACAAAGAUAUUGAUUCGAAGAAGAAGCGGGACUUGAAGGGCAAAGAACUAGCUGCAACGAAGCCUUCCUAUAAUUUACAGCGCGGAUCGGCAACUAUGUGUACUGACUUGAAGAGUCUGCAGUGUCUUCAUCAGGCGAGGCUUCGUGGGUUCUUGCGCAAACUUGUGAUGAGACAGAAUUGGGAUGAAGCUGCUUUGGAGCUUUUGCAGCACACUGAUUCUGAAGCUAGUAGUAAAAACAAAUUCCAGGAUGUAUUUGAAACGUGGAUGAGAAAGCUUGCAACACCAAGAGAGUGGCAGACAAAGGAUAGAUUUCUGGUUCAGUUGGAGUACAUCAUGUUCUGUCUAACACGAGGGAAGACAGAAGAGGCAAGUCAAGCUGUCAUAUGGUUAAGGCAAGAACGUGAAUUCCAGAAAAACCGCUUAUCAAACUUGGUUGUAGGCUUGGUAUAUUGUCAGGAAUGGUAUGACACAUUAUGCAUGGAGUUUCCAACUCUGAACUUACGUAGAGCACCCGAUCAAUCAGAGAUGUCAGAACCUGAAUUUGAAAUGUCAUUUGAAGAUCCCAGAAGUUACAUUGCAGAUGACUUUCAAGAAGAUAAUCACACAGUCAAGUGCAAUUCUGAUGCCUCUGUUGGGAAUUACAAAGAAAUGGAAUGUGAAGGGGAUCCAAAAGUAUCCAGUAAUGUGGACAUCCAAAUGCAAACUCCUCACAGUUUUCAUAGGCCACAGAGUUUUUAUGUGCAUUCAAGUGAAAAUGACGAAGAGGAUUCCUUUUCUGGUUAUGCAUCUAUUUUCAAUGUCCAAGGUCUAGAACCGUGGUGGCUUGCUUCCCGGGUGCUUUAUACGGUUAAAGAUUUGGAUGAAUUCCUCUAUUUGCAAAAGAAGGUAUACAAUGAGUCAUACAAGGGUGCAUUGAAGUAUUUACGUGCUGCACUUGAUUCAACCCCUCCAACCCUCGAGGCCUUGUUUCCUCUGGUACAGAUGCUACUUAUUGGAGAUCAAGUCAAGGAAGCUAUAGAUGAAGUUGAAAAGUUUAGUUCGGACUCACCAGUGUAUGCAAGAUAUAAAGCUAGUCUUUUCGAGCAUUUUGAUAGCAACAACCACAUUCGUCUUUCAACAUGCUUCGAAGAUGCUUUAAACAAAGAUCCACAAUGUACACACUCCUUGACAAGACUUCUAUGGUUGCAUGAACAAGGGCAUUAUAGCACUGAAAAACUGUUGGAGAUGAUAGCCUUGCACUUAGAUGCUACAUAUGCCGAUCGUAACAUUUGGAAAGAGUUUGCUUCCUGCUUCCUGAAGCUGUCUCCGAGUGAAGAAGACAGAAUAUCAACUUGUAAUGAUAAAACGUUGCAAGGGCAGUCUAAGAAUUUCAAUAGGAAGCCGGUUAGAGUUGCUGACAGCGUUAUGGGUAAGGAGUGGAAAUUACGUUGCAGAUGGUGGAUGACCCGUCACUUCAGCAAAAUGAUUCUUGUUUCAGAAUUUGAAGCAGAUGAUGUGCAGCUUCUCACUUACAAAGCAGCCUCAGCUUGUCAUCUUUACGGACAAGAUUUUGAGUAUGUCACAAAGGUGUCAGAAUAUUUAGAGAAGGAUAUAAAUAAUAGUGCUAUGUUGUCAAUUUUGCAGACCCACAUGCAAUAUUCUGCUGGAUUCUAUAGCAAAGGUGUCCCAGUGUCUAGAGAAAGAAAGAUUUAGUAGUGAUAUGUGUCAUUGUUGCAGACAAUAUUCUGUUGGAUUCUUAUGAUAAAUAAUCCAAAAUGAAUGCUUAUUAACUAUUUUAUUAUUAAUACAACAUCCUCGUGGUUGGUUAUUUGAAGAUGAAAGUAGAGCAUAAUAUUCCUAAUGUUGUCUACAUAUGAUGUAUAUUAGCGAUUGUAAAGAUAUGAUGCAUGCCUUUAAUACUGGGAACAAGGGGAGAUGUGUGCUUUGGUUGGAAUAUUAUACAAUAUUACAGGAGAUAAAGAAAGAUCAAGUGAAUGGAAUUUAUAGCCGUUAAUGCAGAUCCCCAUCAGGUCUUUUUUAUUUUAUUUUAUUUUGUUAGUGUACAGCAUAAAUACAUCUAGCUUCCCAAAUGUUUCACAUUGUGUGUGUUUUUGUUGAGAGAGGGGGAGAGAGAGGAGAGAGAGGGAGGGAGGGAUUUUCCAUUCACAGGGAGUGUUUCUGGGGUUU